CAGCUCCAGUUGCUGUGCACUCCACCACUUCACCAAGCAGAGGGAAAGGAAUCAAGAGGGAAUAAAUAAGGCUGAAGCAUGAACAAGGCAGAAUUCAUCACUGCUGCAGGCUUUGCUGUAUCAUUGCUGUUCCACAUGACCCAGGCCGAAGCCUGUCCUGCCUCCUGUGACUGCAAGUCGCUGGGAGACAUGAAGGGUUUGCAGAUCGACUGCAGCUCAAGGAAGCUGACGGCAGUGCCCGCCUUGCCUGGUGGCACCAAGAGGCUUUAUCUCCAGAACAACAGCCUGACCUCGGUUCCUCCCGGCACCCUGGACAGCUUGCGCAGCCUGGAGGAAGUGGAAACCUCUGACAAUCCUUGGAACUGUGACUGUCACAUUCUGUACCUCAAACUCUGGUUAGAGGACGUCUCUGAACCCUCUCUUGCAAAAGUCAGAUGCGCAACCCCAGCUCCUGUGAGGAUGAAGCCCUUGAGGCAGCUGACUGGGAACGAGCUGGGGAGUUGCAAGAGGCUCCUCCCUAUCAAGUGUCUGGAGUUCUUUUGGCGAGACCUCAUUUUAAUUGCUGGAGCAAUAAUCACACUUAUUUUAGCAGCGUGGGCCCUGAAAUUCUCCAAAAAGCUGGUCUGCCAAAUAAACCUGUGCCAGUCUACCCCUCGGGGCUGACUGCUGGGAGCACACCUCCAAAACCCACCGGGGACAAAGAGCUGGUCACUGCCACUAGCUUUAACAGAAACACCCAACUCUUCCACCACUAAGAAGCACGUGCACUGGCGACACCAGUUCUAAGAGUGAAGAUGCUACAAACAGAUCUGAGGUCGAAGCAUGGGUCCUCAGCUAGGCAAGUCUGAUUUCAUUUCCUUUCAACAUAAGCUUGGUGAUGUAUGAUAGGCAAGUUUCAUUCUGCCACCAUCUACUCGUGUGAAAAGCAGUUUCUAAUUUUUAAAAACCAUUUAACUUAGCAUUUUCCCACUGAAUUCUCAGGGGGAAGAUUUACAUCCCCAAAUCCUACACUUUGUAAUAGAUGGAGAUGAACACAACUGCACUAUUUAGCAAUUCUUUUCUGACUCAGCAGCUGUGUGAGUUCACAACCCGUCCCAGUGGGCUUGGGAGGAACCUUCUUGUGUGUACAUUCCACCAUCUCUUCUGCAGAUUGAGUUCCCUGCCAGCAAAACCUCUAUGAUUAUACAGGCCAGCCACUGAAUGUAUCCCUUACUGAAUAUGUUUAAAGAUGGGCUCUUAAUGAGAAUAUAAUCCAUAAAAAUAAUUUGAAAUGUCACUGAAUUUCCUAGAGAGUUAAACAAUAAAAAAGCAUUCUAUAUGAAAUUGAAA